AUGUCCGCCGCCGCCGUGACUUCGGCCCCUGGGCUUCCCAGGACCCAGCGCGCCAUCCUGGCCGGCGAAAAGGGAGAGUGGGUCGUCAGCCAGGACGCCCCGGUGCCUGAGCUGGAGGCCGACAACAUUAUCAUCCAGACCGUCGCCGUCGCACUCAACCCCGUCGAUACCAAGAUGGUCGGCCCCUUCAUCGCCGAGGGCGCCAUGUUCGGUUUCGACUGCGCAGGCUAUGUUGUCGCCAUCGGCUCGGAUUACGUCGCCCUCGACGGCGACAUGGCGCUCAAGAUCCCCGAGAGCAUGGGAUUCGAGGAGGCUGCCGGCAUGGGCAUGAGGAUCGCCACCGCUGGUAUGGCCCUUUUCUGGAGCCUUGGAAUACCCACAGAGUGGCUGCUCAAGGCUGCCGGGGAACAAAUGCCGGUUCUAGUGUAUGGUGGCAGCACCAGCACGGGAACGAUGGCCAUCCAACUUCUCAAGCUAUGCAACGUAAAAGUCAUUACGACCUGCUCCCCCCGCAACUUCGACCUCGUCCGCUCGUACGGCGCCGACGCCGUCUUCGACUACAACUCACCCACCUGUGGCGCCGACAUCCGUGCCCACACAGCCAACGCCCUCGACUACGCCCUCGACUGCAUCACCGAGGAAAGCUCCAUGAAGAUCUGCUACCAGGCCCUCGGCCGCUGCGGCGGCAAGUACACGGCCCUGGACCCCCACCCAGAGUCCAAGCGCAAGGGUGACCAGCGCGUCAAGGACUUUGCAAAGCCUUUCUUCGAGACCAUCCAGAAGCUGUUCGACGAGGGCAGGCUCACGCCGCACCCUACCAAGAUCAGCCCCGGUGGGUUCGAGGGGCUCGCAGGGGACGGAGUCACCGCCAUUCGGAAGGGCCAGAUUAGCGGACAGAAGCUGGUUUAUCGUCUGGACGGCGCUGUCAAGGAGUAG